GAACGGUAGCCAAACAUUUCUCUAUACUGCGCGAGGUUCUUGUUGAAGUUUCGCAAGUUCGAGGGUUGUAUACAGCCUCACGCAUGUCACAGCUUGCACUGUGACGCAAAAUAAGCAGAACAUGACAGGCAACCAAUCAGAGCAGGCCGGCGCCGGCCGUGCUCUUCCGGCGAAAGUUGUGGAUUCUGCCCCUGUGCCAGCUGGCCCGCUGAGACCUCGAACGCCGUGCUACGUGCAGCAGCAGGACGGUGCUUUGCUUCCUGGCGUCAUUGUCGAGUACUCUCUCUGGGCUGACCCGGCUCAACCUCGAUACCAUUACUAUGUUCAUCUUGAAGGCACCGACAAGCGGUUAGACCGAUGGAUCGAUGAAAGCGCCAUCCACUCGCGGGACGGAAAAUCGAAGGUAGAAGCAACACAGAAGGGUUCCGACGCUACCGAAGUUGCGACAGAAACGGUUGGCCAGCAUGGGGGUCCUAUCUCUUCAAAGACAGUGUCCGCAACGGCGCUUGGCAAACGGAAGCGCCAGGAUCAUCUCAACGGUGCGCUCCCCAGCCGUGAUUCCACGCCAGUGCCACAUGCGGUACGCGAGUCGCACGCUCACCCAAGCAGCAACGUCCGGAAUAUCGACCGCGUGUUUUUUGGCUCUUUUGAUAUCAAGACCUGGUACUACUCGCCGUACCCGCUCGAAGAGCAUGACCACGAUGCACAUGGUGCCAUCCAUCAAAGCGCCGUUUCUUCGAGUACGACUGGAGCCCAAGCAGGCACAGAAGAUAAAGCACGGUUCUCGUACCUUCCCGCAAAGACGCUCCGAAGCCUAUGGGUCUGCGAAGGCUGCUUCAAGUACAUGAGGACAUUCGCCGGAUACAAGGCGCAUUCUAAAACAUGUGCGAAUAAUCGCCCACCAGGGGAGAAGGUUUACCAACGAGGAGCCCACACCAUAUGGAAGGUCGAGGGUCAGAAGGAAAAGUUGUAUGGACAAAACUUGUCCCUCUUUGGAAAGUUGUUCAUCGAUCACAAGACCAUCUACUUUGAUGUGGAGCCCUUCGACUUUUACGUUCUCACCGAUGCUAGCACUGCUUUUGACCACCCAAUCGGCUUCUUUUCGAAGGAACAAGUCUCGUAUGACGAUUAUAAUUUGGCUUGCAUUGUGACCUUUCCUCCUUUCCAGAAGCGAGGAUACGGUACGCUAAUGAUGGAAUUCAGCUAUUAUUUAUCUGCCCUAUCCAAAUUCCAAGGGACUCCCGAACGCCCACUGUCCGACCUCGGCUUGAAAGGCUACCUGUCCCAUUGGGCCUCCGUCGUGCUCCGCACUCUCGCUCUGGCGAUCAACAUCGAAGGCCUCCCCGUCAGCCUGAUUGCUGAUGAUUCAACGAGCGUGUUGCGCCAAGCGCGCCAGCAGGCAGAGGUGGUUCGCGUUCGACGUCUGCUUGCGGGUCUUCCGGAAUCGCAGGUUCCUCAGAGACCGGUCAAUGUGGCGGACAAAGCGGAUGGAGUAACAGAGGAGCGCCGUCGCAAGCGCAAGUCGAAAGGCUGGGCAGGUGAAACUUCUGCUGCGAGAUCAGUCACGCCAAAUCGCCAUUCUUCACCGAUAACAGAGCGCAGUAUCUCGCCACGCUUGAUUGCGAACGACGAAUCCCAUGGCGUAAAAGCUGAACAUCUAAAAAUGGAAGAUCCAGUGACGGAUAGCCCGGUUCAGUUGACAUCCAUCGACACUACGCUCGAAGGACUAGCUCUGGCCUGCAACUUGCGAGUCGACGAUGUGGCUUUCACACUUGCUGAAUGUGGCCUAUUAGACUUGCAGCUUCAUGCGCCUAAUGUCACGCAGGAUGGAAGUAAAGAGGAUGGCCCCGAGGGCUCCAAGGUCGUUCUGUCUGUGGAUGCCAUCAAGGAGGUCAUUUUAAGACGCGGCAUCAAGCGCCCGCUGCUUGACGUUGCAUAUGUACUCAUCUAGCGAUGCCUACUCUCGUGGGAAUGAAUGAUGGAAUGUCGCCCACGAU